AUGGCUACACAAAAUGAGCCUGCGGACCCCAUUGUCCGUGGCACAUUGGCUACGGCGAAACAAUCAUUCAGAGACCUCUUUGUCUGGAAGCAGCGAGUGGUUGUUACGAAUGAGUUCGGCGAAACAUACACAGAAUGGCAGUCGCCCGAACCACUCAAGAAUCCAUUUACCAUGUUCGCUCAGCUGAGCUUCAAGGAUUGGCUCUUCUUCCUCGUUGGACUCUUCUCCUGGACUGCCGAUGCGUUCGAUUUCCACUCGUUGUCAAUUCAAACGACCAAGCUGGCGAAGUACUAUGGCAAGACUAAUACUGACAUCACGACGGCUAUUACUCUUACGCUUCUGCUCCGUUCAGUCGGUGCUGCAUUUUUCGGACUUGCAGGUGACAAAUUCGGUCGUAAAUGGCCGAUGGUCAUCAACAUGAUCAUCCUGGGUAUCCUUCAGGUUGCAACCAUCUAUUGUGGCACCUUUAGCCAGUUCCUCGCAAUCCGAUCACUGUUUGGAUUGUUCAUGGGCGGUGUUUAUGGCAACGCAAUCGCCAUGGCUCUUGAGAAUUGCCCAACCCAAGCUCGUGGAUUGAUGAGUGGAAUCCUCCAACAGGGAUAUUCGUUCGGAUAUGUCCUUGCCGCAUGUGCCAAUCUGGCUGUUGGCGGCGAAACCAACUCUUGGAAGACCGUAUUCUGGGCUGGUGCAGGGCUUAGUAUCGGCAUGGGUCUCGUUCGUGCUUUGUUCCCAGAAUCGAAACAAUUCAUCGAAGCAAGAAAGGCCGGCAAGAAGGCUGUUGCUCCUGGUGCUUUCUGGUUGGAGACGAAGCAGAUGCUCAAGCAAGAGUGGCGCAUGGUCGUAUACUGCAUCAUAUUGAUGACGUGGUUCAACUACUACUCUCACACCUCUCAAGACUCGUACACUACAUUCAUGAAAGAUAGCAAAGAGCUCUCGAAUGGUCCCGCUAGCCGAGCCAGCAUCAUCAUGAAGACCGGUGCUUGCGUCGGUGGCACGAUCAUCGGCUAUGUGUCUCAAUGGUUCGGUCGCAGGCGAGCCAUCAUUGUGGCUGCUCUCAUGUCAUGUUUGAUGAUACCCGCCUGGGUGCUACCAGAAGGCGAGCGCAGCCUUUCCGCCAGCGGCUUCUUCAUGCAAUUCUUCGUGCAAGGCGCCUGGGGUGUGAUUCCAAUUCACUUGAAUGAGCUUUCUCCGCCAAGCUUCCGUUCCAGUUUCCCUGGUAUCACAUACCAGCUCGGUAACAUGAUCAGCUCGCCCAGCGCGCAAAUUGUCAACGCUAUCGCUGAGAGGAGAAGUCUGUUCGUUACAAGCACGAGCGGUGACAAAGUACCUGCCUAUGGUCCUACAAUGGCAAUCGCAACAGCUAUCAUCGCUAUUGGAAUUGCUGUCACCACAGCGCUUGGUCCCGAGAGGAAGGGCCGUAGCUUCGAAAACGCACUGCCGAUUGGUGCGGCACACCAGACAAAGGACAUUGAGGAGGGAGACUUGUCUCGCCAAGGUAGCUCUUCGGACGAGAAGGUUCGCAGCGAGAAGAUCGAGGUCAAGGCCUGA